CUGAUGAUCUCCACGUGUAUUGACGCUUGUAAACUAUUCUUACUCCAUCGUUGAAGAAACUGAUCCUUCACUGACAGAUUGACAUUGCAUAUAUCACUACCUCCAACAUCGCUUACCUCCCCUUUGAUGUGUUCCGCGUGCUCGGCCAGUACAUAAUUUACGAGGAAGGUGUUAUUCAAGUGAUGCCUACUAGCUUAUAAAGUUAUCAGAAACGGUGCUGUAUGGUUUAUUACAACAGACGAUGUUGUGGUUGUAGCAACAGACGAUGUUGUGGUUGUAGCUGAUCUGCCCAAUACAUUGACCGCAUAAUCAAACGUGGGGCCUCUGGACACUUCAGUCAAACAUUGGACGAUUCAACUUUAUUUCUUUAAGUCAUCACCGUGAAUAUGUUUACUUGGAGACUGUUAUCGGUACUACUUGUGUCGGUUCUGACCCAGUACAAGCACAUUCGAGGCGAUGCCGGUUCUGUCCUCCAAAUACUGUUCAAGGACUUCUAUGCCUGGCGCUUGGCGGACUCGCCGCAGUUCGCGACCUACGUGGGGACGUACCGCUUCAACGACAGGCUCCAGUCCUUCAAUGUGUCAAAGAUGAUAGAGAGAUAUAACAUAGCAGACGGGUUCCUUUUCGACCUUGAGCAGAUAGAUCCCGCCGAACUGUGUGACUCUGACGUCAUAAACUACCGUAUCUUCAAAGAUGUGUUGACCACCUACGUGAAAGGCUUCAAGUGGAGCAGAUUCGGGUCGCUAAAUCCUCUGAACUUCCUGGAGGGUAUACAUCUGGACCCGGUCCACGACGUAGAGGCCACGCCCUUCUUCACACGCGGAGACUAUGAGAACUUCAUCGCCCGUCUUCAGGACACUCCAUUCCAGCUCAGCGAGUACAAAGACCUGUACAGAACUGCUAUAACAAUAAAUCGGACCUCGCACAACGCGUCAGUGGAUCGUGUGCCGGGGCAGAUAGAGAGGCUGCUGGUGGACCCGGAAGAAUCGGCCUUCUACCAACCAUUCACAGAUAUUCUUGAAGAGCUGCCAAUAGACGAUCAAGUCAAAUUGGACUUGAGAGACAGAGCUCGCGCUGCAUAUCAAGGUGUACUUCAAGCAUUCCAUGACUUGAAGGCAUUUCUGGAAAUAGAAUAUUUCCCAAACACAAGGCCAAAAUGGGGUGUAGGAUCUCUACACUACGGACUGGACUAUUACAAGGCCUGUCUUGAAUGGCAUCUGUCCACAGACAUGAGUCCAGAGAGGGUUCAUCAGAUAGGACUGCAGGAAGUGGAGAGGAUCAAAGGGUUGAUGGAGAAGGCCAUGGAAAGACAGAACUUCAAAGGAUCUGUUGCAGAGUACUUUGCGAUGUUAAAGAACGACACCUCAUUGCAUAUGGAAACAGAGGAGGAACUGCUGGAGGCAUACCAGAAAAUUGUAAAUGAGCGCGUGAGACCACGACUGCCUGAAGUAUUCAAUAAUCUUCCAAAUCUACCAGUAAAGGUGGAGCCCAUGCCGUAUGAUGGUCCGGGGGGACAGUAUAUAUCUGGAUCCGAGGAUGGCUCAAGACCCGGUAUUUUCCUCGUCAAUCUGUACCGACCAAAAGAAACGGGAACGUACGUCAUGGUGCCUAUCACGCUGCAUGAAUCAAUACCCGGCCACCACCUGCAGGCUAGCUACGCCCUGAAAGCAAGCCUACCGAGUUUCCGGCGGAACACGGAGUUUUCUCGGUAUUACGAGGUGCCGUUCCAUUUCCCCUUUUAUACAGCAUACGUAGAGGGCUGGGCACUAUACGCUGAAUCACUCGGAGAAGAGCUUAACUUCUAUGAGCACGACCGUGAACUCAUGGGCCGGUACAGCCUAGAGAUGUUCCGGGCUUGUAGACUGGUCGUGGAUUCAGGACUGCAUUAUUAUGGAUGGGAUCGAGAAGAAGCGAUUCAGUACAUGCUCAACUACACAUCAUUCUCCCGGGUGGAAAUGACGAUAGAGGUCGACCGAUAUAUCACGUGGCCAGGUCAGGCAUGCGCAUACAAGAUUGGCGAAAUCAAAAUCAAAGAGUUGCGGAAGAGGGCAGAGGAGGCAUUAGGUGAGCUCUUUGACAUCCGGGAAUUCCACUCCGUGGUGCUGGAGAACGGACCAAUGCCUCUCACCAUCCUGGAGGAGAUCGUGGACCACUGGAUCCUGAACUACAGACCCUCCAAAGUAGAGGAGACGUGCACAGACUCUGCACAUGCACAUCACGUCUCCGUUCUAAUGGCUCUGUGUCUCAUCACACUCAGUCUGUCUUAGU